AUGUAUUGGCCAGGAAUUUCAGCAGAGAUUAGACAAUAUGUGGAAUCAUGUGAUGUGUGUACCAGUUACUCCUAUAAACAGCCUGAAGAGCCACUACAUCUCCAUGAAGUACCUUCUUGCCCUUGGCAAAAAGUAGGAUCUGAUAUGUCUACUAUUGAAGGAAGAAACUACCUAGUCACAGUUGAUUACUGCAGUAAUUUCUUUGAAGUUGAUUAUCUGCCAGAAACUACAUCUGAUGCUGUGAUCACUAAAUUAAAGCAUCAUUUUGCUUGUCAUGGCAUUCCGGAUACUUUGAUUUCAGAUAAUGAUCCACAAUAUUCUUCUCAUCUGUUUGAUGAUUUUGCUCGAAAGUGGGGAUUUUGUCAUGAGCCUAUAAGUCCAGGGAAUAGCAAAACUAACGGUGCAGCUGAAGCGGCAGUUAAAAUUGCAAAAAAUCUAAUGAAAAAGUGUAAGAAAGCCAAAGAAGAUCCAUAA